CUUACAUUUCCGGCUUUACCGCAUGAUGGAGAGUUCAGAUCAAAUACAAAUCUCCCGAUCCUUUGGCACAGAAACUGCUGGCACCUCAAAAGCAGAAACCACUCGCUUUCGAUUUGGCACCCGGACUAUUACAGCUACAGGCGCAUCUUCAGACGACGUGCAUCCUAAUGUCUUGCGUCUGCGAGUCAUGAAAAGCUGUUUUGACCGGGCACUUCAAUACUUAUUCUGGGUCAUAUCUGGAGCAACAGGCCCAUGGCUGCAAAAUAAAUUCCCAGAAUGGUUUCUGCCUGAGAGAAUUGUUCUGAAAUCCCAGAAGCCAGAUUGGGAAGAGGAAUUUGACAAGGAACUAAAAGCAUAUCAUCAACUUCAGCCUCUUCAAUGUGUCUUCAUACCUCGCUUCUUCGGCAUGAUUCAGUAUAAUAAUACCCGUACUCUGAUUCUUUCAGAUAUUGGAGGAAAAUGUCUCGCCACCCCUGAAGGCGCAGUACUCGACAAACAAGAUCUUCGGGUCUUGUUAGAUCAAACAUUCACAUCCCUGGCCGAUCAUGGUGCUUACCAUGAUGAUAUGAAGCUUGACAACUUUCAUCUGGUGACUGACCAGGGAAAGGAUAAGAUUAUGGCUGUUGACUUGGAGUCUGUUGAAUUCGACUUAUCUGGAGAAGAACUUGCUACCGUGGCCAAGGGAAGUACCGACUGGAUCAUAGAACAGUAUGAGAAUCACUUGGAGUGCAUGGAGUUCGAUUCAGUGAUCCUCCCCAAGCGGGCUCUUCGAACAUCAGUGUAGCUCACUCCGUUAGUGCACCGCCUUGAUUUCCCAGACUAGGGGUAGAUACAGAUAGCCUUGGACGUGCCACUGUCUUAAUAUUGUCACAUCUUUUCGUGCUGGCGUUGUGGGUUUUAAUAGUCUAUUUAUCUCCGCAAUUGCUACUUGGCAUGAAUUGUGCUACUGCUCAAAUGGUGGAAGGUAACUCAAGACUAAACGUUAUUCUUCAACCGUUCUUAGGCUAGGUGCCAAUAACAGGCCAAUCCUCAC